CCACUCGAUUUCAUCACUUCACCCAUAGCAGAGCUGCCCAUUCUCUCUAUUUCUACUGCAAAUCUCGUUGUCGUUGUACGUCUGGCACCUGUCACUGCCGUCGCGCCACUUGCCACUGCUGUCGUUGGUGUCUUCACUACGAGUUUUGAUUUUAGGUCUUUAAAAG